AUGGAUGAUGACGAUAUAGAUGACGACUCGUCAACAGAAUGGAAUUUGAGGAAAUGCAGUGCGGCAUCAUUGGACGUACUAUCGGGAAUAUUCAAUGAUGAUUUUUUGCCGACAUUAUUGCCGAUAUUAAAGGAGACAUUGUUUCAUGAGGACUGGCUGAUAAAGGAGAGUGGUAUAUUGGCAUUGGGAGCGGUGGCAGAGGGGUGUAUGAAUGGUAUAACGCCGCAUCUGCCUGAAUUGAUACCUUUUUUAAUUAACUCGUUGAAGGAUCGAAAGGUAUUUUGGGAUUUGUUUUAUUAG